AUGUCUGAUGACGGAGGUUCUGACGGCGCUUCGGCGCAUCGAGUCCCAAACGAAGAUGCUACAGAACUAGAAAGACGGCUAGAGGAAGAGUAUCCGAACCGGCCCAGGAAUCAUUCUCCCACGCUUCCAUUCCACACCCUGUUCCGAGACCUGUUCAAUCCUCUUAUCGAGAACAGAGCAAACAAACCCGGUACAACCAUUGCCAACCGCCGGAAGGUAGGCCCAAAUGCCUCAAAUAGUGUCUCUCCAUCGGAAAGGCGCCGAGCGAUCAUUGAACGAUAUAUUGCUCGGUGGCGGCGAGAUGUCGGAAACGAUUUCUAUCCCGCAAUGCGCCUCAUCAUUCCCGACAAGGACCGCGAACGGGGAGUUUACGGUCUGAAGGAGAAGAUCCUGGGUAAACUGCUGGUAAAGAUCAUGAAGAUCGACAAGAAUUCCGAGGACGGCUUCAAUCUCCUGCACUGGAAGAUCCCCAGCCAAAGCAAAUCUGCUGGAGAUUUUGCCGUGCGAUGCUACGAGGUCAUAUCGAAAAGGCCGAUGAGAAUCGAAGUGGGAGAUAUGACCAUCGAAGAGGUGAACGAGCUUCUAGACAAAUUGUCCGCAGCCCCAAGAGAAGAACACCAGUUGCCUAUCCUAACCGAAUUCUACAAGCGUAUGAAUGCUGAGGAGCUCAUGUGGCUGAUCCGGAUCAUCCUACGACAAAUGAAAGUGGGCGCCACUGAAAAGACCUUCUUCCACAUCUUUCAUCCCGAUGCCGAAACUCUUUUCAAUGUGUCCAGCAAUCUUCGUAGAGUGUGUUGGGAACUCUACGAUCCCAGCAUCCGGCUCGAAGGUGACGAAGCCGGGGUAAUGCUUAUGGAAUGCUUCCAGCCCCAACUUGCUCAGUACAAUAUGGAAUCACUCCAGAAGAUCGUUCAGAGAAUGCGACCGACCGAAGAGGAUGACGAAUUCUGGAUUGAGGAGAAAUUGGACGGCGAGCGUAUGCAACUGCAUAUGAUAACCGAUGACUCGAUAGAAGGAGGGAGGCGAUUUCAAUUUUGGUCCAGAAAGGCGAAAGACUAUACUUACCUGUACGGCAAAGGGUUUUAUGAUAGAGAAGGGGCUUUGACACAGUUCAUCAAGGACGCCUUCCGGCCCGAUGUUGAAAACAUCAUCUUGGACGGCGAAAUGAUUACAUGGGACCCCGAACAAGAUGCCCCAGUGCCUUUCGGGACGCUGAAAACCGCCGCUCUUGCCGAACAACGCAACCCCUUUGCGGGAGGGCAGAGACCACUCUUCCGGGUUUUCGAUAUUCUUUUGUUGAAUGGUCAGAAUCUGACCAGGUAUACUCUCAGAGACCGGCGGAAGGCAUUGGAAGCGAGUGUCAAGUCAGUGCCCCGCCGCAUAGAACUUCAUGAAUACAAGGUAGGGAGAACAGUGGAGGACGUCGAGAAUUGCCUCCGUGAGGUUGUUGCCCAAGCAUCAGAAGGGCUGAUGCUCAAAAACCCGCGCUCCGCAUACCGCCUCGACGAUCGUAAUGGGGACUGGCAGAAGGUCAAACCAGAAUACAUGACGGGACUUGGUGAAUCCUUUGAUUGUUUAAUCAUCGGCGCAUUUUACGGCUCUGGUCGACGUGGAGGGAAACUGUCGAGUUUCCUCUGCGGUCUACGUGCUCCAGCCAACUACAAGAGCCCAUUUCAGAGUCAGAAUCGUCGACAAUCUCAAGUGCAAAGUCAGAGCCAGAGUCAGGCUCAACCGGAAGGGGACGAGCCGUCGCAAAAGUUUGUAUCGUUCUUCAAGGUUGGUGGAGGGAUGACUGCCAACGAUUAUGCCACCAUUCAACAUGAAACCGACGGCAAAUGGCUAGACUGGGACCCCAAACGACCUCCAACGCAAUAUAUCGAGCUCGGCGGCGGAUCCUCUGUGCAGAAAGAGAGGCCUGACGUCUGGAUCAAACCUGAAGACUCUCUAGUGAUUGAAGUCAAGGCCGCGCAAGUGACCGCAAGCGAGGAUUAUGCGUGCGGUAUGACCUUGCGGUUUCCGCGGUUCAAAAAACUUCGAAGGGACAAGGAUUGGCGGACGGCGUUGUCACUGGAAGAGUUCAAGGAUCUCCGCGACAACAUUGAGAAGGAACAAGAGCAGAAAAUGGAAGUGGACGACGCAAAGAAGAAACAGCGGAAGGGGAAUGCUCCAGCCCGGAAAAAGAUGAUCACAGUCGCGGGAUAUAAUGCCAAAGCCGUUAACAAUGCAACGCUACCCGACGGACCACGGGGCAAGGUCUUUGAAGGUCUGACGUUCUACAUCAUGACCGAAUCGACUGCACCGGCACCAAAGAAAUCGAAGCUGGAACUCGAGGCAUUGGUCAAAGCCAACGGCGGCAGGAUUGUCCAAACACAUACCGUUGUUCCAGACACCAUCUGCGUCGCUACGCGCCGUACAGUCAAAGUGGCUAGUCUGCAGAAGCAGAACAACAAAGAGAUCGUCCGGCCCCUCUGGAUAUUCGACUGCAUCGAACAAGCCAAAAAGGACUUUGCAAAGGGGUAUCCGGAGAUGGUUCUUCCAUUGGAGCCCGAACGGCAUUUGUUUUUUGUACCGGACGAGAUGAAAGACAGAUACGCCGACAACGUGGACCAAUAUGGCGACAGCUUUGCCAGAGACACCAGCGUCGAUGAACUGAGUCGGUGCAUGGAUCAGAUGGGUGACAUUCAAACGGCCAACGAGAACGAUAUCCACGAUCUAUUUCCCGACUAUCUCGACAUGAAAGGAUACAUGUUUUACGGACUGGUUUUCUUCUUUGACCAGCCGGAGCUGAAAGCCGACCGGUCGUCCAAACAGACUGAUACACGCUCGGAAUCUGAACUGACCAAUAUUGACGAUUUGGAAUUGAUUAAAACCCGCAAUAUCGCCCUCUUUGCCGGCGCAGAAGUGCUCCCCAAGCAGGGCGCACCUUCGGAAGUCUCACUCGCAACACUCCCUGAGAAGCAGAAACUCACAAUCACGCAUAUCAUCGCUCACCCGGCUUCGGAUCUCCCUGAGCUCAGAAAGACCGUGGCGCGCUGGAAGAGUCGUAAGAUCCCGCAUAUUGUGAGUGCGGAGUGGCUACGGACGUGUUGGCAAGAAGGGACUCGUGUGGACGAGGACGCCUACGUGGCUCGAUAA